AUGCCCAAAGGAAAGGAAAGGCAAGCACCUACCAGGUCUUCUGCUAGACUUCGAACAUCGAACAAUUCUCUUGACGAAAGAGCUCACUCCCUACUGGAGGAGGGUACACGACUAGACUCGCUGUCGAUACCUGUUGACAAUGACCACCCUGGGCAGCCUUCCGACACCUGCCCAUCUGUCAGCGAUCAGCAUUCUGCAAGGACUGAUAUACCUCACGGUCGGGGAGGCCCCACCUCAAGGACGCGACGUGAUGCUACCGCAGCAUUGUCUCCCGUGCAACGAAAGUCUCUAAAAAGAUCCCACAAGCAAGCCAACUCUGGACAGGCAUUGAACUCCAAGGGCGUCUCCAAGAGUUCACCGAUCCACAAAUUUUUUCAACGCCCUUCCAAGCAAUUUAGAAAGGACAUCAAUCACGUUCCAUCCACUAAAACGCGACCAUUCCACCCGUUUGAUCAGCAUCUUCAUCCUGACCUUCGACUAAAUGAAGUGGUUGUCCUUGAUACCCUUCCUACUGCUCUUUCCCAAUACUGCGAUGAUAUCAUUCAAGAGAGUGCCGACUAUCUUCACACUGCUGGUCCUCCUCCAAAUUCAGACAACGAGCAACAGCGUCCUCGACCAGUCCAAAACGAAGACCAACUGGUUGACCAGUAUAUACUGUCAAAUAAGUCUUGCUUGCAGGUGGCUUCUGGCCUUCUAUUCAAAAAGAGUUGGGAGGAUAUCUUCAGUAUGAAGAAGCCCAAUAAGGUUGAGCGACAAGAGGGUAUCGCUGAUGUGCUAAUUUCAAUCGACCCUAAAACGGGUGGGCAACACCUGACUGUCAAGCAGAAAUCAGAUUGGAAGUUGCUUCGCAAAUAUCUCCUCGACGUUUUUGUUACCAUCGAAUUUAAAAGUCUUGUUGCCGCGCCUCAUAUUUUCGAAGACCUGCAUCGUCUGGAAGGCAGAUUUCCCUGGUCAACAUGCGAAGAAAGGACGGACGACAACGAAAAGUCAACCACUUGCCGGGCUUCUUCCAACGCUCAUCGGGUUAAUGGAAGGUUGCAGACGACUGGAAGACCCACUAGUCCUGACUCGAAUAUCAUUCUACAGAUCAUAGAAGAUGCGCGCAGUCGAGAACUGCCCUCUAAACGUUUCAAACCAGACUCGGACAAAUCGUCAAGGGCUCCGAAACAGAAUUCAGUGUAUGCCUGCCAACAGAUUUGGACUCAACUCGUAGUUGAAGAUGCGUCGGUGGCUAUUUUUUCAUCUGGUAAUGAGGAGUUUGUUGCCAUCCGGGACCGGGCGAAACAGACCUUAUACUUAUCACCCAUGAUCAAAUGCACCUCCAAUUCAAGUAUAACACACUCAAAAAUCUUAGUGGCUUGCAUUUUGUUAGGCUUUAACGACGCUUUGGACCGGUACCGGAUAAACGUGGACAAACUACCUUUUUAUGUUAAAACAAACCUUGUGGCAGAGUUAUACACCAAGAUGACUGACGCGAGGAACAUUGCACGCUCCUACAUGCAGGCUAUCAUUUCGCUUUUUGAAAAAUGCUCAGAAAUUCCGAUUCGAUUUCACGAUAAUUCCAUUUCUGGGCGCCUCGGGGGCCCAUUUGGCGUCAGGACAUGGCAUCUACAAAAACGCGGCUCUCACUGUGACGCCACUGGUGAACCCAAACGAACUGGGCGCCUAUUCCUUGACUUCAAUUAUGAGCCCCAGCUUGACAAGAAGGUUUUUGUGGUUUACUUGGGCCUGGUUGAAGAACACUCCAUGAAUGCUGCAAAAUACUACUCUAAACCAUUAUAUCUCAAGCUGACGCGAAAUGCCCCACUAUCCAAGAUGCUAGAGGUGGAAUACAACAACUACAUGGAUCUUCGCACAAAAGGGGUUGGCGCUAUUGUUCAAGUCUACGGAUUAUUUGAAUAUCCGAAACUCCCAAAUCACAGGUUUUUGAUACUGGAAAGCGGAGGAAAGCCCGUCACGUUGGAAACAGCAGCACAUUGCAAGCGCUUCAAGGAUUCAUAUCUCACUGCGUUAGAUAGCUUUCACAAUCUGAAUAUUUCAAUCGGGAAUAUCAUGAACGAUCAUAUCGUCAUGAACGAGGGGCGUAAAGUAUCUGUUAUUAGCUUGGGGCAUAUUUCUCACCCGGCAACAUCAGCAAUUAAGAACGAUGAAGCCAAUGCUUUUCAAAGUGCCAUACGGGCAGUUUCUUCCCCUGACAUGACCGGUGUUGGAUCUGAGGAAGUGUCGCCAAUAGAGACAGGAGUAUCUAAUAGCACAGAUUCGGGGUAA